AUGGGAGGCGGAAACGGUGCCAAGGACAUGCCGCAGAAGAGGUGGGUCGAGAAGACGGAGCCGCAUGGCAAGGGUCACAGAGGCGGCUGGCAGCCCACGGAUGUCACGAAGCAGCAAGCGAUGAUGUCGCCGGGCGGGAAAAGCUACAGCAAAGAGCGUUUGGAGCGCUCCGCGGGCGCACGGCAAGGCAUCGACGUGUGUGCCAGACUUGGCCUCCUGCUGACCAGGUCCGGCCAGACGCCCUCCAUGGACACGAAUCAGAAGGCUGGAAGCUUCACCGGUCAGAGCCAAGGCAAGUGUAAGAAGGACGGCAGAGAUGGCGGGAAGCACCACGACGAUGACAACAUGGGAGGCGGCAAGGGUGCCAAGGACAUGCCGCAGAAGAGGUGGGUCGAGAAGACGGAGCCGCAUGGCAAGGGUCACAGAGGCGGCUGGCAGCCCACGGAUGUCACGAAGCAGCAAGCGAUGCAGCAGGUCCCAAUGUCGCCCGGUGGGAAGAGCAACAGCAAAGGCUCUCAGCCGCUCACGGGUCGGGGCAUGGGCGGCCCAGGCCCCAAGAACCAGAAGGGUGUUGGCCGAGAUCCUGGGAUGGACGCCUGCCUGAGCUUCCGCUUUCAAGGCCAAAUCCCGGCCACCGCCACAGGUUCUACGAACAUGCGAGCAGAGAAGAUGUUGGGCGACGAGGAUGAGGAAAGGUGGUACUCUCUCAGCCGGGAGCGAAAAGGAGCCGGCAAGCAAGGUGGUGGCAAAGGGCAAGCCAAGGGCAAGGGUUGCAACGGCAAAGGCAAGGCCAAAGGCGGCAAAGGUGGAGGCAGCCGUCAGCGCGCUAGCAGAUGA